CAAAUAUUGUCCGAGUGGAAUCGUCAAAAUUAGACAUGUGGAAGAAGAACUUUAAAACUUGCGUGUUUUCUCUGCAUUCAGCGCCUCGCCGCUAUCUUAUUUAUAAUACCAUUUAACCAUACAGUAGCAUGAUUAUAAAAUCGUUCAUCGCAUGCAACGAAUUCCGUCGUAUAUGAUUGAAAUUGAAAUCUGCCAACUAUUUGGACAAGUAGCAAUCAGUCAAUUGCUAGCUAGUUUGGGAAGUAAAACUAUUGCUUAUCGACAAUACAGUCAUUGAACGAAUGAAAAUGCGUCCUUUAUAUUUUUGUGGUUGAUGUAUUUUUAUAAUCAAAGACGAAGACGGGCAAUAUUAUCUGCUGGAUAUUGAAUCGGCGAAGCUGAAGAUGGACCUGCUGCCACGCACUGCUGAAGAGUUUAGCUCGGCUGAGUACUGGGAGCGCUUUUUCAGGCGUCGUGGGGACAAGGCUUUCGAGUGGUAUGGCGGCUAUAAUCAACUUUGUGGUGUGCUGCAUAAGUACAUAAAACCCCGUGACCAGGUGUUGGUGGUAGGGUGUGGAAACUCUGAGCUGAGCGAACAGCUUUAUGAUGUGGGCUACCGACAGCUCACCAACAUUGACAUCAGCGAGACCGUGGUGACCCAUAUGAACCAGCGCAAUGCAGAGCGCAGGCCCGGCUUGACCUUCUUGCAGGCUGAUGCCACCCAGACCUCCUUUGAGAGUGGCAGUUUCCAGGCUGCGCUAGACAAGGGCACGCUGGAUGCCAUGGCUGCCCAGGAGGAGGGGGCGUUGGCGAGAAGGAUGCUGGGAGAGGUGGCGAGGGUGCUCGCUAUCGGUGGCCGCUAUGUAUGCGUGUCUCUGGCCCAGGAGCACGUGGUGAAGAUGGCAGUGGAGCAUUUCGUCAAGGAGGGCUGGGCAGUCCGACUGCAUUGCCUAGGAAGCCAGGAAGGAGAGGAAAGUGGCUCUGAUUCCUCCUCUUUCGCUCUACCUGUGUUUGUCUUAGUCUGCACCAAGUUCCGUCAGCCACCCCCGUUCCCUGUACUGGAGAUGUGUCAGGGCGAGGAUGGGCCUCCCAGGAGGGUAGCCACUGUGCUGGAGCUGCUGUCUGCAGUGAAAGAGUGUCAGACUUAUGCCGUACUGCGGCAGAGGCUCCAGGCUGGAACUGAUGCCACCCAAAGCUGCUCUCUCACCCUGUGCCAGGCCACCACAGGCCUUCCCCGCUACACUCUCACUGUGCAGGAUAGCCCGCCCGCUGCCAAGCUGCCCCGUAACAACCAUUUUGCCAUCUUCAUUGUGCCUCAGGGGCGGGAGACUGACUGGCAGUUUGGCUCUGCUGAGGGACGCGGCCAGCUCGCUUCCAGUGCUGGCUUCAGACGGUUAGUUGUUGUGGCUAUGCACCGGGAUCAAACGUACCAGGAUAUGCAGGCGGUUCAAUCAGAGCUCUCCCCAAUGGUGAUGGAUCUUGCCCCACCUGGAAUGCCGGCCAAUCAGCAGGUGCCCUUCCUCUCGGUGGGUGGGCAGCUGGGCUGGAGGGAGGUGGUCAGCAGGGGCGUGAGCGCACUCAGUGGAGAGUACUCUGUGGAGGACGUGCGUGGGGAGGAUGGUCAGCUGUAUCGCAGGCUGGUGUUCAUGGACAAUGCUGGGCUGGUGCAGUCUGAGAGUCUUCUCCGUACACAGGCCGCCGCCUCUUCGUCUCGUAAGAAAAACAAAAAAAAGAAGUCAAACCCAGCCCCUCCUCCUGUCCCUGGUGGCCCCACCACCCCCAGUGUGGACCGUGGCUUCCUGUGCUGUGCUCACCAUGAAGUCAUGGUGGCCGGGCUGUCCCUGCUUGGGAUUGGCACUGCGGAGAAAAAAGGUCUCCCUGUAUCUGUACUGCUGGUGGGCCUGGGUGGAGGGGGACUGCCGCAGUUCGUGCGAGACUUUGUCCCUGACGCAUCCGUUGAGGUGGUUGAACUGGACCCUGCAAUUUUAGAGGUGGCCCAGAAUUGGUUUGGGUUCCAAACUGAUGACAGAUUAAAGGUGACUUUGGGCGAUGGACUCGAGCAUAUCAACAAGCUGGAAAGUCAAGGUGGACAUUUCUAUGAUGUCAUUAUGUUUGAUGUGGAUAGCAAAGAUGCUACUGUGGGUAUGAGUUGCCCUCCACCUGCAUUUGUGGAAACGGCUUUCCUGGAGAAAGUACGCAAUCUGCUCACUCCCCGAGGUGUAUUCAUAUUGAACCUGGUGUGCCGUAACUCCGCUCUGAGGGAGAGUGUGGUGGCACGUGUCCGAGACGUGUUUCCUCAUGUGCUGUCACGAGGGAUCGAGGGAGAAAUCAACGAGGUGCUUCUCUGCGUGAGGGAAGCCAGUGCGCAGGGAGAGCACUGCCCCUUCAGCCCCCCAGCCCUGAACAAGGCAGCUCAGAGCCUGCAGAGGGCGCUGCUGGGACACAGUGCACCCUGCAACCCACAGAUUGAUAUCUCUGCUCUGCUAAAAGACCUAAAAAUUGCAUGAGGCAAACACAGGUGGAAAUUAGAUGUGACCUUGUGAGGCAGGAAAUUCCCUAAAGGGAUACUUCUUUCUGGCAUUUAAAAAAUAUAUAUUAUUUCAGUUUUAGUUCAAGUUAUCAAUUUGCACAGGUCGGUAGGAAAAGAUAUUAAGAUACUUAGAAAUGUUUUGGAUGACCUGCCAGCUUUACAAUGGGUGUGAGGGCAUUUGUGGAUUCAUGCUUUUAAUGCCAGGAAAUCCAAUUUAAGUAAAUACAGAUCAGCAUGUACAGCGACAUUAUGCCUCCAGAGGUUGUAUGUGUAUAUACAGUUAGUGAGCAAUUUGUUAACACAAAUAACCACACAUUACAACAGUGGUAUGCAGAAGAGCACCUCUGAACACACAACACAUCAAACCUCAAAGUGGUUAGGUUGCAGCAACAGAAGACCAAUAAGUCAAAAACAUAAGUAUAAUAAAUACCUAAUAAAGUGCUCACUGAGUGUAUUUCCUAAUUAUUAUUCAAAAAAGUAUUAUUCAUAUUUUGUUUUAGGUUGGAACCAUUUCUUGUUGCACAUGCAAACAGAUGCAAUCAAGAAAAACUUGAUAUAAAAAUUGAUAUUUAUGUUUAAAAUUGUAAAUAAAUGCUUGAAAAAUAUUGUGGUGUUUUGUGGUUAUUUUUUCGUAAGCCAUAAAAUCAUGAAUUCCCCAAUACCGGAAGUUGUAAUGCUGGCAAGCCAUCUGAAAAUUCUUUAAAUAUCUAAAAUAUCUCUCAUUGAACACCGGACCUAUUUGGGUCAAUCAAAACCAUACACAAAAGCUGAAAUAAUUUUUAAAUUCUCCAGAAAUAUUUCUUUAAGCUCAAUGUGGCUAGAGACAGUAGGGUAAAGUUGAUACCCCCACAUAACUUUAAUGAUUGGAUUGGAAAAGGAAAGAACAAAACUCCCCACGAAAAAUCUGAUGUAUACAGCUGGUCGCGCCAAAUUAAAGUGUUUUACCUUGUG